AUGCCUAAUGAAAGCACUAUUAAUCAUUUAUCACCAAUAGAAGACACUUUUCAAUCCCAACUUUCUUUUGAUUCUAGAAUAUCAUCUCUUAUUUAUGAACAAGAUAUAGAUACUCAAACUACAUCCUACAUUAUUCAAGAACAAGAAAUUCAAAUUAAAUCCAGUACACCUUCUAAUGCACAUGUAAAAAGUAAAGUUUGGGAUUAUUUUACUAAGCCAUAUGGACCAUCCAAAAGUCGCAAAACAAAAUGUUCUAUUUGUAAAAUUGAAUUUUCAUAUCAUGGUGCACCUUUCUCAUUAAAAUAUCAUUUGAAAAAUAAACAUAAUAUUGACUUGUCCACUAAUUUAAGUCAAGUGAAAAGACAAUCACAAAAAAUUCCAAACGCUUUUCAAUCCCAAUCUUCUUUUGAUUCUGGAAUAUCUCUUCAUCAUGAACAAGAUAUAAUAACUGAAACCACGUCAGCUCUUAUUUAUGAACAAGAUAGUGAUACUAUUAUCGAUGGACAAGAAAUUCAAAUUGAAUCCGUCGAAAAACAAAAUGCUCCAUUUGUAAAAUUGAAUUUUCAUAUCCAUGGUUCAACUUCCUCAUUUAAAUACCAUUUGAAAAAUAAACAUAAGAUUGACAUGUCCACUAAUUUAAGUCAAGUGAAAAAACAAUUACAACAAAUUCCAAGUCGACAAUCAAAUUUUUCUCCUUCUGAAGCAUCCGAGAAUGAAAAUAAUUUAUUACAAUAUAAAGUAAUUCCAGAAUUUCUUAGUUUAUUUAUAAUAAUGAAUUAUGAUGCUUCACGAUUAGAUGUUGAAAGUAUCGAUGAACUUCUUGGAAAAGGUUUUGCAAAAUUUGCAGAUUUAAUAAAUAUUAAAAAUCAACCAGAGACAAAAAAUCAUCCAAAAUAUCCGCAUUUAAACUGGAAAGGUGAGUAA